UUGGAAGCUCUGGCCUCCUGGGACCUGUAACUAUCUGAUGAGAAACUGUGUCUCCAGCCUACAGCUCCCUGGAGCCCAGAUUCUGGUUUAACCAGCCUGUGCUGGGCCAGGUCUGCUUGGAAUCAGAAUGCCUUCAGCCAGGGACUGAGGGCAGUAUCUGGCGGAGGUGGCCAUGGGGAAGCAUUACUUCUGUGACUACUGCAACCGCUCCUUCCAGGACAACCUCCACAACCGCAAGAAGCACCUGAAUGGGCUACAGCACCUCAAGGCCAAGAAGGUCUGGUAUGACAUGUUUCGAGAUGCAGCUGCCAUCUUACUAGAUGAACAGAACAAGCGGCCGUGUAGGAAGUUUCUGCUGACAGGCCAGUGUGACUUUGGCUCCAACUGCAGAUUUUCCCACAUGUCAGAGAGAGAUCUGCAAGAGCUGAGUAUCCAGGUGGAGGAAGAGAGGCGGGCCAGGGAGUGGCCACUAGAUGUCGUCGAGCUCCCUGAGGGCCAUCUGGAAGACUGGUUGGAAAAGAGAGCAAAGCGGUUGAGCUCAGCCCCAAGCAGCAGGGCCGAGCCCAUGAGAAACACCAUCUUCCAGUACCCCAUAGGCUGGCCACCAGUCCAGGAGCUGCCUCCAUCCCUGCGGGCACCCCCACCCGGGGGGUGGCCCCUGCAGCCCAGCGUCCAGUGGGGCUGAGCCCCUCAUCCUCAUCUGACCCCCAUCUGGUCAGCGUUUGUGUCAGUCACGAGAAAGAUAAGGGCUCAUACUGGGGACACCGAGGCCCGCUCCCGCUGCACGCUGUGGAGCCUCUGAAACCAUUGGCUUGGCCUGGCUUGACUGAGGCCCCAGAGUCUCCCUACCAGGUACAGCCCUGGUCCUAGCUCUGCUCCAGGCAGCUCCACCCUCCCUCCCUCCCUCCCUCAUGGGACAUCUUGAGAAGAUGGGUGAGAAAACUUCCUUCCGGAUGUUUAUAAAGAAAGUCUGUCACCAUG